CCAAAGAAGUGUCACUCCUGACCUACAAACAUGCAAAAAGACACAACAGUCCUGCUUGAACAGUUUAUUUGAGUCAGAGUCAGGAAAUCUAUCGAGUUAGAGUCAGAAUGCGUCAUCCUGUCAGUCGACUCCAUGGGACCAACGCGUAGUGAUGACUAGAUAAUCUCACUUUUUAAUUGAUUUCUUUUUUUUAUAUAUACUUUUCUUGCACUCUGGGCUCUUGUCAUGGACCUUAUGUUGGUUGUUUCACUGAUACUUGCCCUCGUGUUCACCAGACAGGGUCUCAUUGAGGCGACAGAACAAGUCCAAGAUUUGUGUUUAAGUAUUUGCUUACCUGGGACUUAUAAAGUUGGUUCAUGUGAAAAUGGAAAGCAUCUCUGUAAACAGUGCAGUGCAGGCACAUUUACAGCAAUAAACAACACUAUUGAAAGGUGUCUGAGGUGCAGUCCUUGUGCUAUGGGAGCUAAAAAACAGUGCACAACUACUAGUAAUGUGGUGUGUAAAUGUAAAGAUGGAAGUUUUUACCAGAAUGCUGAAUGCGAGAAUUGCUCCACUGCCAACGAUUUUGAUAACGAAGAUUUUAUGGAGAUGUGCUCGCCAUGCAGAAGAACUUCUUGUAUGGGAAACCCAGAAUGCAAGAAAAAAUGUAAUUUUCCCCCAAACAUAACUGCAAAAAUGUCUGCUUCAACUGCAAGUACCACUCCAAAAUCAGGACAGAUUCCUUCCACCCCACUGAAAACAUUAAAUCCUACUGAGAACAAAGCGCCGAAGGACUCAGAUAACCUCUUUGUCUGGCUUUCUUUUGUGGCGGCCAUAUUUCUGGUGCUCUUUUGGUUCCUGCUGCUCUUCUGUAGGAACCUGCUCAGAAAUGAACAUGUUCUUCCCUGCUGGACCACAAAAAAAGAUUUGGCAAGACUUCCUCAGGAACCAAGUUUCAAUGAACAACGGAGUCAUCACUGUGGCAGCCCGACCACGCUGGCAUUUGCUUUUUCUGAGGAAACUCCCAUGAUGCCUCUCUGUCAGGAACCAUCUGCUCACAUCAACGGCCACAUGCAGCGUGGUGUACACUCGAAUGCUAAACGAUACGAACAAUGCAAUCGCUGGCCUGCCAUCGUGCUCUAUGCAAUCAUCAAGGAAGUGCCCCUGCGUAGAUGGAAGGAGUUCCUGCGACUGCUCGCCGUGCCCGACCAGCAGAUGGAGCGAGUGGAGCUGGAGACUUGUCUGGGGUCUAUAGAGAAGCAGUACCAGAUGCUGAGGCUAUGGAGCCAGCGCUCCUCUGCGAGCCUGAGUGACGUUUACUCCUCUCUGCACCACAUGGAUUUAUCAGGCUGUGCCCAGCAGCUGCAGGAAAACCUGGAGAGGCUAGAGUGGAGGCCUGAGGAGAAACAAGGGCUCACAGUCUGAAGAAGCUAUGAAAAACCAAAGUACUGCAGGACUCCUGGAGCUGCAGCUUUAGAUAGGAACACAAAGCCAUGUGUAAUACAGAAGGAAUCAUGAAUAUCAGUUCUCUGUGUGUGCCUAAGUGUUCUUAAAACAUUGGCAACUAAAGUUUACCUUGGUACACCCACAGGCUCCUGCAAUGAUGUCAUACAUUUCCUGAAUUGUGCAGCAGAAUAGCAUCAUGGAGUGCGUUGUAGGUUUUUUUUAAAGCCUGUCUACAAUUUGAGUAUUUUUCUGAGUUGUGACUGUCAUUUAAAUGCAUACCAAAAAACAUACACUGUACAUACUGGAUGCAGAUUUGGUCCAGAGCAGAGUCAGUCAGAGAAUGGAUGAAGGAGAUUUCAUCAUGUGGAUAAAGGCAACAACAGUCGCGAAUUUCAGAAGCACUUUGUGUCUUUAAGUGUAUAUUUUAUUCUCCAGUAAUCUGCUGAGGGUGGUGGAUAAAAUAGUUAAUACAAGUGAGGGAAAUGCCCCUCGGGUCUCUGUAACCUUCUGUUUUGAAACCUUCAAGCAAACACCACUCUACCUCUUUUUCUAACAUGUGGCAAUCGUUUAUAGUCCAACUGCAGAGAGUUGUGGUUUUACAGCAUCGAACUGAUGUUUAUAUAUGAGUAAGACUUACAUCAUGCAUGAAUUGUUUGUUAAAAGGAUGCACUUCCUGGGUUAGUUAAGCUCCAGGAGCUGACCUUUAGUUUAUCUGUUUUUAUUUGACUAGUUAAAAUAAAGACUUCAUCGGUUUUAUUAUUUAUACUGAGAAUUCAAGUACAUCUGUGAUGUUUGAGCAGCAUAGUUGUCGAUGCACUCGUUCAGCAUGAAAGUCUGUACAGCUCAGCCUCUGAUUCUUGUUGCUCACCUUUGCGAAGGAGACGACUGAAAUCCCCAAAGGACGUCAGAUUUUCAGUUUCCUGCAACUAAAACGGUGUCAUUGUGCAGUAGGCUGGGUUUUUUUCCUCACCACACUUAUUCCAUUCAAGCUGAUAGUUUUUAAUUGUGGUGUUUGGGUAUCUCACUUUGAGAGUUUUUGUGUGUCAGUUCAGUUCACUUACAGGAAAGGAGUAGAACUUUCCAGUUUCAGAAGGUAUUAAUGAAUAUUUAAUUUCAAAUGUUAGUUUGAUCCUGAAACCUGUGUUUGUGUAUUUAUUUGUGUUGACAUAAUUUGUUUUUUAUUUUAUAAAACUAAAAAUGCUAUGUUUAGUUAUUUAUCAUUUGAAUUGACACUGGUCCUACUGAUAUACUUGUAGAAUAAAUGGUACUGUUAUAAACCAUGUCCAGAUGGUUACAUGUGACAUGUAAAGAAUAAAAUUGUUGGUGCAAGA